UGAAACCAAGAUUCGGCUUCUGCCGGACACAUAGAAAACGAGAAAAAAAAAACCGAGAGAGAGAAUAGGGGAAGAAGGGAUAGAGGAAGAAAUUCGGAAUAAGGAAGAAAUGGGGAGAGAGAGGAAGAAGCAGAAGACGGAGCGGGAAGGAAGGAAGAGGAGAUGCAGAGGAAAGAAAGGAAAAGAAGCAUGAAAAGAGGAAGAGGAUUGGAUUUUUGGGCGUGUACAAUAAUUUACAAGAGGGGUGAAAGAUUGGGGCAUGGUUCAGAUAUACAUGCAAUUGAGAUUGUUGGGUAUCUGAAAGUAGGGAACUUUGUUUCUGGGGAACUUCAAAGGUCAGACUUAACCAUCUGAUUUGUUUCAACAAAUUUGCACAAGUUUGGGUCUUUGAUUGUACUCAAGACAAGUUUUGUUCUCUGGUGGUUGAAUGCCUGAUUUGAAUACCAGUAACCAUACCAUAAUACAAUUCUCGGCCAGUAGAACGCCUUGGAGAGUUUAUAGAAAUCGGUGCCCUGUUGCUUCGUUUGAUUUGGGUCGUCAAGUAUCGAAUAAGUUAUUGUUUCAUUGCAAUUUAAGCCACACCCUUAUUAAAGCCCUCUUUGUGAUAUUCACUUCUUGCCAAAUCCUUAAAGUAACCAGGGACUCAAUUCAUGAGGACUCUUAUGAGGAUCUGUUUAAAGAGCUGAGCAAGUAUAGACUGAUCAUUCUCAGGCUAGAAUUAUAAUUAAAGAGUUGGUCUGUUGGUGUAUGAUAAGCAAUUGGAUAGGCAAGAAAUGGAUGACUUGAUGAAGCAAGUUUCAGACCAAAAGUCGAAUCAAAGCUGCUGUCCAGUUGGUUAAGGAUGAGCUAGAAGCUGAAAGAAAGUUGAGAAAGCAUUCAGCCGCACUUCUGCACGCGCGUGAAGGCUAAUAAACCUAUAAUGAUCAGCAUGAUAAUUAACGGAGGAAUUGCAGGAAGCAUUGAUCUUUUUUUUUUUGGGGCAAGCCUUAGCGUAAAUAUUGAUAUAAGAGGACCGGUACCAAGCUUAGCAUACGCUAGGUUUGCGUCAUUUUUAUCUACCUCUUUUCAUGUCAGGUAGUAAUCUUUUGCAUUUAACUUGGUGCAAUAAUUUAUUCUUCAAUUUUGUUAUUUUUUUUGUUUCUUUCAUAUCAAUAAGAUU